UUGUUGUAUCAACCUGAAUAUCAAUUUGGAAAAAAAUUAGUAUUUUUACUAUGGUGAGUUUUCCUAACCAUAAAUUUUAUGGUGUGUUUCUCCAUUUAUUUAGAUCUUCAUUAAUUUCUUUGGUCAGCCUUUUAUAGUUUUCAAGAUACAAGUCCUAUACAUGUUUUGUGAGAUUUCCAUUGGUAUAUUUCAGUUGAGCGACUAAAUGGUAUAUUUCUGAUUUCAUUGUCCACAAGUUCAAAGUUAGUAUAUAGAAUCGUGGUUGGAUUUUGUGUUUAUCUUGUAUCCUGUGGUGUUGCCAAACUAAUUUAUCAAUUCUAAGAGCUUUUAUAGACUCCUUGGGACUUUUUGUGUAACAAUCAUGUCAUUUGCAAAUAAGGACCAUUUUAUUUUUUCCUUUCCUGUCUGUAUGCCUUUCACUUCCUUUCUUGCUUUAUUGAACUAGCUAGAACUUCCAGUACUAUGAACAGUGAGGAUGGGCAUCUUUGCCUUGUUUCCAGCCUUUGGGAGAAGGCAUCCACUCUUUAUAACAUUAAAUGUACUGUUAAGUACAAUGUUGAUGUAUGUGUAGUGGGCUUUUAUAAGUGCUCCCUGGCUGUGGGAAAGGAGCAGUCUACAGAUUUGAUGAACUAGCUCUUUUAGAGGUAGUCUCCCCCUACUUUAGAUAGAUUCAGGUGGAGUGGUUUACUAGAGUGAAGUGUAAAGAAUGAAGAUCUUAGAAUUUGGAGUCAGAACAGGCAGAUUUAAAUUUUGACUCUUCUACCUUCUAAAUGCUAGGUGGUCCAGACGCAUUAUUUAUAAACCUCUCAGAGCCCAUUUCUUCCUCCACAAAAAAGGGAGAAAUGCACCAUCCUGCCUUCUUGCUCCAUGAGUUUAAGCAUCCAAGGGAAUAAUAAUAAAGAGUAUGUCAGUUAUUAUAUCACUGCCAAGGGCAGCCCCGUCCCCACAGUAGGAGGUGGAAAAUUGCCCCAAACUUAGUGACAGCUUCACCAUGCCCUUCUGUAGCCCCACCCAGCACCUUAAUUUAUUUAUCUCUACUUUAGAUUCAACAACUUAUAAUGGAUCAUUAGAAUUUGCAUUUGGAAUCUUAAAUCAAAAGGCUAAAUGAUCCAGUAAUUUUUGCUGUCUCAAGGGCAGAUAACCAGAGUUCAUUUCCUGGCUCCUCCGCUCACUGUGUGAACUUCGACAAAUGUAAUCUCCAAAUUCACCUUUAAGUGCCAACACUUGUAAAAUGGGAGUAAUGACAGAACUACCUCAGAGGACUGUGAUUAAAAAAAAAAUGGAUUUGGCCAACCACGGACUUAUUCUCCUGCAACAGUUAAACGCUCAGCGAGAGUUUGGUUUCCUGUGUGACUGCACGGUUGCCAUCGGCGAUGUGUACUUCAAAGCACACAAAUCAGUUCUUGCUUCAUUCUCCAAUUACUUUAAGAUGUUGUUUGUCCAUCAGACCAGUGACUGUGUCCGUUUGAAAUCAACUGACAUACAGCCUGAUAUUUUCAGCUAUCUCUUACAUUUGAUGUACACUGGAAAAAUGGCGCCUCAGCUGAUUGACCCUGUUCAACUGGAACAGGGGAUCAAGUUUCUACACGCUUACCCACUGAUCCAGGAGGCUAGCCUGGCCAGCCAGGGAGCCUUUUCUCAUCCUGACCAACUUUUCCCACUGGCUUCUUCCUUGUAUGGCAUUCAGAUUGCAGAUCACCCCCUGAGACAAGCCACCAAGAUUGCUCCGGCACCUGAAAAGCUUGGGCGAGACGCACGGCCACAGACCUCCAGGAUGAGCCAGGAGCAGGUGCCUGAAGCCUCACAGCUUUCUCAGCUGACUUCCAAUCUGACCCAGGUGAAUCGGACACACAUGACUCCCUCAGACCCACUGCAGACUCCGCUGUCGCCAGAACUGGUUUCCACUCCUGUGCCUCCCCCUCCUCCUGGGGACGAGACCAAUCUGGAAGCCUCUUCCUCUGAUGAACAGCCUGCAUCCCUCACCAUAGCCCACGUCAAGCCGAGCAUCAUGAAGAGGAAUGGAAGCUUCCCAAAGUACUACGCUUGCCACUUGUGUGGCCGGCGCUUUACCCUCCGGAGCAGUUUGCGGGAGCACCUCCAGAUUCACACGGGAGUACCGUUCACGUCAAGCCAACCAGGAGAGAGCCGAGUUCCCCUGUCUCUUUGUAGCAAUGCAGCUGACCUAGGAAAAGAUGCCAUGGAGGUGCCUGAAACUGGGAUGAUAAGUGACAGUGAGCUGCAGCACAUUUCAGACUCCCCGAUCAUAGACGGGCAGCAGCACUCGGAGACACCGCCGCCCUCAGACAUUGCGGACAUUGACAACCUGGAGCAGGUGGACCAAGAGAGGGAGGUAAAGAGACGGAAGUAUGAGUGCACAAUAUGUGGACGCAAAUUCAUCCAGAAAAGCCACUGGCGGGAGCACAUGUACAUACACACGGGGAAGCCUUUCAAAUGCAGCACUUGUGACAAGAGUUUUUGCAGGGCCAACCAGGCUGCCCGGCACGUGUGCCUCAACCAGAGCAUCGACACGUACACCAUGGUGGACAAACAGACGCUGGAGCUCUGCACGUUUGAGGAAGGCAGUCAGAUGGACAACAUGUUGGUACAAACCAACAAACCCUACAAAUGCAACUUGUGUGACAAAACGUUCUCGACUCCCAAUGAGGUGGUUAAACAUUCAUGCCGAAACCAGAACUCAGACGUCUUUUCCCUUGACGAAGGGCGGUCCAUCCUCCUGGGCAGUGGGAACUCUGAAGUCACAGAACCUGACCACCCAGUGUUAGCUUCCAUCAAAAAGGAACAGGAAACAGUGUUGUUAGACUGAUGUUACCUAUCUUUUUUAAAACUGUCAUUUUUACAAAGACUACCUUCCCUAACCCCAAUUCAGAACUAUAGUUCUCCAUGGCAUGAUACAAGCAGGUCGCUGUUCCUUUCCCCUGGCCCCCAUCUCCCCAUUCCCAGCGCCGCCUCUAUAAAGGUUUUGUGCAUUAUAAACCUGGAACAUACCUAACUUUAAUUCAGGGGAUAUUGGAAAGAUAAUCAUCAAUAGUACUUAUAAACUUGAAUAGAUUUUUGAGAAGUUUUAGAUUAUUUAAAAGCAUACUUGGAAAUAAUGAAGGGUAUAUAACAAAACAAAACAACUAGAAUGCAAUUUGGUAAGCUAAAAUUAUGACUUCCCCUGGGUAAUAAGUCUUCUCAGAAAAUGUCAAAAACUAUAGCAAUCUUCUUAGAGAUACAGCUGAGCACUGUACUAUGCACAAUGUAGAAAGUGUGGGAGAACUUUAAAUCCAAGAAAACAUUCUUACAAUUUAUCCUCUGGGUGUCUUAUUUCAGAAUGCAUCCUUUGAGAUUAUGUCCAGUCAAGAAAAAUCAUUAGUUAGGAAUCUGAACAAAACACAGAGGAGAAAAAGUAAUAAUGUGAUGGCAAUCUUAAUUUUUGGAUAAAACAUGACAAGUUGUGAGUUUGUGCGUUUAUAAGAGAAAAUAUAUGGAUACUUGCUAUGAACAGGUGAAUUAAUGCACAUGCCUUAUCUCAUUGCUGGCUUCUUUCAAAGUUGAACAAUAACAAAAUACUGUGUUUUACUUUGUAACAAAUUUGUUGGUUGUUUUAAAAAUCAGAUUUGAAAGUACUAUUCCAUAGAUUGUCUGAAUAUAAAAUGAGAUGCCAUUCUAGCAGUUGCCAGUGGUAAAUUUAUUUUAGCACCAACCAGCUGCUUUUAAGUCAGUGUGAAUACUGCAGGAAAAAGGAUAUGGGAAUGUAAUCUUACAGGGAAGUUGAGCAUAGCGUGUAGGAACUUCAGUGACUCCGAAAGUUAAUGCUAACAUAAUGGCAACAUUCACUGAAGCAUCAAAAAUGGCAGAGAAAUCAAGACAAAAAAAUGCUGAUUGCUUUUUUUGGAAAAACCUAAUUUUUAUGUUUAGUCUCCAGUAUUUUCUUUUUUAACAUCUGAGAUUUCCUCCAUUGGCCUGAAAGCAGUAAAAUUUGUCCAUUAAUCUUCCCUUAGGCCAAUAACAGAAUGGUCUCACAGGGCAAAACAGGAGCCAGAAGUAAGGACCGAAGGGGAAAGGGAAGAACAUUAAUAGCUGAGCUGUACGUGUGUUAAAAACUGAAUAUCCCGUCUCCUAUUUCAUGUAUAGUUGAGUUCUCACAUUUGUAAGUUUUUAUACAUACCUUCAUUGAAUAAACAUUUAAUUAAAUGUU